AUGGGCGACACCGAGUUCUGGCAGCGCGAGAGGUCCUACCUCUGCAGGAGAGAUGCAGAUAUCGACGACGAGCUCAGGAAGGCCUUGAUCGAGGAGCACUCGAACGAGCAGCCGCCGUCAGAUGGCGAGAUCUAUUGCAAGAUCCGAAAAUAUCAGCAAAAGCGGGAUCGGUACUCGGAAAUGCGAUGGUGGGCUCGUCCGUCGGGCCAUGGGACGAGGUGUCUCGACCAGGUCUCCCGUCAUCCCGAUUUUAAGGCCGCCUUCGACGAUCUAUUGGAUAUUCCUGGCCUCUGGGGCGGGAUGCGAAUCAGUACGUUGAAUAGGAUGAUUAGCAUGAGAUGUGACGACGAGGUCCUGUCCUAUCUCACGCACAUUAAGGAUGUUUGGUCCCGGCUCCUCCAUCACAACAAAGAAGCGAUGCUUAUAGUAGACCAAGCCACAGUAAAGGCCGUGGAGCUCAUGGCCCCCAAAUCGUCAAAGCGCGACGCCCAGGCGCUACAUGGCCAAUUGCUGAGCGGACAGAUAUUUUCUGGCUUUAGCCUAUGA